GGCGGAGAUUUAGGAGGAGGACUCCGGGGCUGCGGCCGGAGGGCGCAUCUGUGGAGGUCUAGGAGCCGGAGCGGGCCGGUCCACCAAGGUUUUGAUCAUAUGGGUAUUUUUAAAAGAGGGAGACCCCGCAUUGUCAAGUCUUCUGGCCCACAUCUGAGGACAUCUUCCUGGCCUUGGGCCAAAGUCUUACCUACUUCUCAGAGGGCUCUGAGAGCCCCGUCAGUGCCUCUUGGCGCCCCAAGGAAAGCAUUCCCUUCCUGGGAACAACUUCCUCGCCUGCUUUCCCUCGACAGCACCCACAACAAAGAGAAGGACAAGGCAGAAUUGGAAGUAGAGGAAGAGCAGAGAGGGUAUGUCUUGAAAAUCAUCCUUUCUCGACUACUCAUGGCCUCUGUGCAGCCUCCGCCUUCUGCAAGUGAGUGGGGACGUGGUGGGACCCGGCGGCCGGGUGCUGAAGCAUCGCCCCCAGCGCAUUCCAGUCUACCUGCGUACCGCGCCUGCAGGCUUCUGGCCGGCUCUCCCACCUGAUCUCCAGCCCGGUUUCCGCCACCCCUGCCGGCCUGCUUGCUGUUUGCUGUUCCUUGAAUGCCCCAAGGUAGUUGUUUCAGCUCAGGACCUUCACCGUUUCUUCAUCAUGGAUGCUUGUGGCCCACAGCCCUGUGCUAUUCUAGCCUCAAGGGAUGGUAAGGACAAAAGAAGAAAAUUUAAAAAGGGGGCUCAGCUAUUCUUUUGUGCAAAGGUGAAAAAAGCCUCAUUGCCUAAAGAAGGGACAGAUGGGAUCUUGCUUCUUACAGGAAAAAUAAUUUUUAAAAAGAAGAAAAAAAAAAGGGACAGAAUACUUCUCACAAGGCUCCAGAAAUGGAGCCCAGCAAUUCAAGGGGGAAUGUGAAGACUUCUUAAGGGGCGGGGCGGGGCUCGACGGCUCACGCCUGUAAUACCUUUGGGAGGCCGAGGCGGGUGGAUCACCUGAGGUCAGGCGUUCCAAACCAGCUUAGUCAACAUGGUGAAACCCUGUCUCUACUAAAUGUACAAAAAUUAGCCGGGCGCCGUGGUGGGCGCCUGUAAUCCCAGCUACUUGGGAGGCUAAGGCAGGAGAAUCGCUUGAACCCAGGAGGGGGAGGUUGCAGUGAGCCGAGAUCGAUGGCAUCAUUGCCCUCCAGCCUGGGUGACAAAGCGAAACUCCCGUCUCAAAAAAAAAAAAAAAUUAUUCGUAAUUGGUAAUAUUAACAAGAAAUUAUGACUGGAGUCAGGACACCUGGAUUCUGGUCCAAGCUCCUCUACCUUUAGAGUUGUCAAAUAUAUAUAUAUGAUUAAGCCAUUCAGCACGAUCUCAACAAGAACAGCUUUGCUUUCCUUGGAGCGCUGCAUCAAUCCAGGAAGGCUGCUUUGUCACUUCACUACUUGAGCAGGAUACGGAGACAAGAACAGGAAAGAAAGAUGAGAAGUCUGAGAAAGCCCGCAAAGUAGGUUAAUAGUGUGAAAAACAUGGGCUGAGGCAUCCAAAUCUUGGCUCAGCUACCUACAGGGUAACCUUAAGAAAGUAAAGUUACUUAAACUUCUGUCAGCUCUAGAUGCUGUAAGAAUUAUAUGAGUAAUAUGAGCAUGCCUGACAUGUAAUAAUUGCACAAUAAAUAUUAGACCCUGUUCCUGUUUUUUACCCUGAGCCGUUUCAAAUCUUCAUAAGGAUAAUUAAUAGCAGUUUGAGUUCUGGGAUUCACACUCCGAAGUAGUUUUACUCACCCAGCUACCUUUUCCUGAAAUACUACUGGAAAACCAUACCUGUAUCAGUUUAGCUCCAUUAUUUUACUUGAAGUGAAUUCCUGGACCAUCAGACAUUAAACCAAGGCAAAAAAAAAAAAAAAAAGUCAAUCCUGAGCUUUGCCCGCGUGCUCUUGUUGCAUUGAACUUAGCACAGAACGUCAACACCAGAACAAAAAGAUACCAAAUUGCAGGGUUUAUUGCCGGCGACCACGGAGGACUCACGUCUCUCCAACCCGUGGCAGAGAAAGAAGAGUGACUAGACCUUUUUAUACCCACAAAACCACCUUGGGAGUGGGGGUGAGGAACGGAGAUGGGAAUGAAAGCUGUCAAUCACCUCCUAGGUUGAGAGGAGGAUGAGGAGGCUCCAGAUAUUCCAAGGCCAGGGGACUUUUGUCAUUCCGAUUGCCACUUAAGUGGUUUACAGAGGUCAAGGUAAACAUUAGUUUAUACAUUAUUUGGACAGGUGUGGGGGUCCAUAUAAUUUUAGGUUACUUGGCGCCAGGAUGGAAUUAUCUGGGGGUGCUUACUUUGGUAAGCAAAGGCCAGCAAUUCUGGCAGUUACAGAUAAGAGAAAGUAUGCAGCUUGUCCUCUCUUUACAUUUUGCAAGGUAAUCUUAGUAGUUUACAGAAGCCAUGGCUAGCAGUCAUGGUGAGGAGAAUGGAAACAGUUUUCUCAUUUUAAAAUGGCAUUGUACUGGUUCUAAUUCUAGGCCAGCUAUAUCACACUGUCUCUCUGUCUCUAUAUAUUUCUUUCUUUCUUUUCGAGAAGGAGUAUCGCUCUGUCACCCAGGCUGGAGUGCAAUGGCACAAUCUCGGCUCACUGCAACUUCCACCUCCUGGGUUCAAGCGAUUCUCCUGCCUCAGCCUCCGAGUAGCUGGGAAUACAGGCACGUGCCACCACACCCGGCUAAUUUUUUGUAUUUUUAAUAGAGAUGAGGUUUCAGCGUGAUCCUGACCUCGUGAUCCCGACUUUCUAGUCAUGGAUCUGCCUCCUCAUAGGUAAAAUUUGCAAAAUAUUACCCGCCCUGUGAGCCUUAGAGCUGCUACGGAUUAAGUAAGAGAACAAUGUUUAUGAAAACGUUUUGUAAACUAUACAAAUGUGGCACAUAAUGUUGCCGGUAACUGUAUGCAAACAAUAAGACAACAAACGCAAAAGCCUUUUUAACUUGUUGCAGUUUUCCUGCUCCGUGUCCCUUGGUGAAUGAGCAGCGUGCAGCGAGCGUGUGCGCGCAGCUGCGGUUCUCCAUCAGUGGCACACUGCUCAGAUUGCGGACCGGGGAAACCUCUAUCGCGCGCCUGCCGCCUGCCGAGCAAAGCUCGCCGCUCCACUGGGGUCUGCCGGCUGUUGACUCCCUGCCAGAGUGAAACCCGAACUUCCGAGUCACGUGGCGCGCACAGACAAACCGGGCUGCUUCGGGUUUCUCGGAGCUUUCCCCCAGCUUCCCGCGGUUUAUAUUCUGGUGCUUACCCCUCCCUUUGGCCUGGCAGAACCCAAUCCCCGCCUGACAAAUAAGUCCUGCGGGCCGGACGCGGUGGCGCGCGCCUGUACUAAGGGGGAAGAAUCGCCUGAGCCCGCAGGUUGGGGCUGCAUGAAACCGUGAUCCCGCCACCGCACUCCAGCCUGGGAGACAAAGUGAGACCCCGUCUCCAAAAAUAAUAAUAAAGAAAAAAAAAAAAAAGAACUGCGGCCCCAUUGGCCUGACUCUCCAGACAGCCUACCUGUCUCUGACCACUUACUGAGGAGGCGGCCUUCAGAGGGUAGUGCCAUUGGCUCGAUGUCCUGCCCCUCCGAAACCUAAGUCUUCAGCUUCCAAUCAGGACUCAGCUUUGGGAAGAGCUCCACUCGGUGGGCGAGGGGAUGCUCCAGUAAACCCGCAAGUCUCUUUUCACUCCUUCCGCCUUUGUUUACAACCCUGCCAUGAUCUCCCUCUUGCAAAAGCGAGGGUUAGAGAACAGGCAUUCAAGCGUCCUGUGCUCCAGUCACAGCUUUCUCUAUUCUUCCGCUAGGAGACACCAAACCCUCAGGAAAAUUUACUCUACCUAAGAGAAACUGAGGCAGAAAGGGCGCGGCUACCUACUUCUUAAAUUCCGUUUGUGGACGCUCAGACUCUUAGUCCCCUACGGCCCUAUCGUGGCUCCUGACAAGGUGGCACCCACUUUUCUAGUGUAAGGCUGGGGGCGGGGUUUGGCUGGGCAGGUCCAGGAUACGAGAUCCUGGAAGAAAGAAAAGGUGUAGUGUUAUGAGCGGUCAACGGGCUACGCUGGCUUGACAGGGCUGAGCUCUUCAGAACAGAAACAUGGAUCUCGGAAUCCCUGACCUGCUGGACACGUGGCUGGAGCCCCCAGAGGAUAUCUUUUCAACAGGAUCCGUCCUGGAGCUGGGACUCCACUGCCCUGCUCCAGAGGUUCCAGUGACUAGGCUACAGGAACAAGGAUUGCAAGGCUGGAAGUCCAGUGGGGACCAUGGCUGUGGCCUUCCAGAGAGUGAGCCUGAAGAUUUCCUGAAGCUCUUCAUUGAUCCCAAUGAAGUGUACUGCUCGGAAGCAUCUCCUGGCAGUGACAGUGGCAUCUCUGAGGACCCCUGCCAUCCAGACAGUCCUCCUGCCCCCAGGGCAACCAGUUCUCCUGCCGUCUAUGAGGUUGUCUAUGAGGCAGGGGCUCUGGAGAGGAUGCAGGAGGGAGCUGGGCCAAAUGUAGGCUUCAUCUCCAUCCAGCUAGAUCAGUGGAGCCCAGCAUUUAUGGUGCCUGAUGCCUGCAUGGUCAGUGAGCUGCCCUUUGAUGCUCAUGCCCACAUCCUGCCCAGAGCAGGCACCGUAGCCCCAGUGCCUUGUACAACCCUGCUGCCCUGUCAAACCCUGUUCCUGACAGAUGAGGAGAAGCGUCUGCUGGGGCAAGAAGGGGUUUCUCUGCCCUCUCACCUGCCCCUCACCAAGGCAGAGGAGAGGGUCCUCAAGAAGGUCAGGAGGAAAAUCCGUAACAAGCAGUCGGCUCAGGACAGUCGGCGGCGGAAGAAGGAGUACAUUGAUGGUCUGGAGAGCAGGGUGGCAGCCUGUUCUGCACAGAACCAAGAAUUACAGAAAAAAGUCCAGGAGCUGGAGAGGCACAACAUCUCCUUGGUAGCUCAGCUCCGCCAGCUGCAGACGCUAAUUGCUCAAACUUCCAACAAAGCUGCUCAGACCAGCACUUGUGUUCUGAUUCUUUUUUCCCUGGCUCUCAUCAUCCUGCCUAGCUUCAGUCCAUUCCAGGGUCGACCAGAAGCUGGGCCUGAGGAUUACCAGCCUCAUGGAGUGACUUCCAGAAAUAUCCUGACCCACAAGGACAUAACAGAAAAUCUGGAGACCCAAGUGGUAGAGUCCAGACUGAGGGAGCCACCUGGAGCCAAGGAUGCAAAUGGCUCAACGAGGACACUGCUUGAGAAGAUGGGAGGGAAGCCAAGACCCAGUGGGCGCAUCAGGAACGUGCUGCAUGCAGAUGAGAUGUGAGCUGGAACAAACUUUCCCAGCCCACUUCCCAAUCACAAGGAGGAAUCCUGGGCUUCCUUAUGGCUUUGCUUCCCACUGGGAUUCCUACUCAGGUGUCUGCCCUAAGGGGUCCAAAUCACUUCAGGACACCCCAGGAGACGUCUUUUAGUCUCUCUCUGCCUGAGGCCCAGUCUGCAGUCCAUGAGAGGGUACCUCAAAUACUUUUGUUAAUGUAUCUGUGAUUUUAUUUCUUCUUUGGGGAUAGAGUUGAGGGGAAAUAAGUCUUGAGUGAGAAAUAAACAUUUUAACUGAAA